GUGGAUCCAGAAUAGUCGCUGCUCAGAACAAGCUGACUGUCCACCAUGGGCAGAGUGCAACAACAGCUACUGUGUUUGUCUGAAAAAGUUAAAGAACUUUAAUACUGUCCAAUGUGAUAAGGAUACACUGGAACUGUCAGUUAUUAAAUGCCACUGUGUGACAUUUGAUAGUGAAAAUGGAGAAUUAUUCGAAGGAAAUUGUAUUGAAAACUGUCAAAAUCAGCGCCAAUAUAUGCCACUACCACUAAAUGUUUCCGAACUGAACCAGUUAAUGUGUGAGGAGAGGUGGAACAGAACAGGAAGACUGUGUGGGAGGUGUCUACCUGGACACUCUCCACUGGCUUACUCUUACGACAUAAGGUGUGUGAAAUGCCCUGAGGGGAACAGAAACAUCUGGAAGUACAUUCUCGUGGCUUUUGGUCCACUUACAGUAUUUUACUUUUUAAUAGUUUUUCUAAAAAUUAAUGUAACUUCAUCAUAUCUCCAUGGAUACCUGAUAUACAGUCAAAUCGUGUCAGCACGAACUACCCAACGCAAAACUGUUCUGUUUGAACAAAAUCACCCAGAGUGGAAAAUUCCUAUUCAAAUGAUCGCAGUAGUAUAUUCAAUAUGGAACCUAGACUUCUUCAGAGGUCUCUACCCUGACAUUUGUCUUGAUGUGUCCACACUCACAGUUUUAGCUCUGGACUAUGCAGUGGCUAUCUACCCGCUACUGUUGACCGUUAUCUUCUACAUCUUGAUCGAGUUACAUGCUAGAAACUUCAGACUAGUAGUCAUCUUGUGGAGACCAUUUCGGCGCGUCUUCACUCUUGUUCGUAGAAACUGGGACAGUAGAACCACAGUCAUUGACGCUUACGCUACUUUCUUUAUACUUUCCUACAACAAGUUUCUUUGGGUGUCUGGUGACCUACUUACUCCAAUUAGAGCCCACAGUAUCAACAAUGAAAGUGACAAGUGGGUGUUGUAUACUGAUGCUUCGGUUGAAUAUUUUGGAUAUGAACAUAUUCCCUAUGCUAUUCUAGCAAUGGUCGUCUGUCUGUUAGUAACAAUCAUACCAACCUUGUUUCUGAUCUUUUACCAGAUAAAGUGGUUUCAAAAAUUACUCCAUUGUUUGAAAAUUCGAAGCCAGUUGCUUCGGGCAUUGAUGGAUUCGUUUCAAAGUUGUUAUAAAGAUGGGAGAGAAAUUGGAACAAGAGACUACCGCUGGUUUGCAGCUCUGCCUUUGAUUGGACGAAUUGGCUUGCUCGCAACGUAUGCCACCAACUUAGAUGAUAUUGCAUUGCCAUACCUAGUGAUGGGUAUUGUCUUCAUCAUAGUUCUUACAGUGAUUAUUCAACCAUACAAAAGUGAAUUAUCGAAGUACACAAAAAUUGACAUUAUCUUUUGGGCAUUCCUAGCAUCUUUUUUAGGAUUAGAUGAAGCAGUGAGUGACCCAAACCUAAAACCGGUUACACUAGUAAGAGUAACGACUGUUAUUCGAGUUGUUGUGGCAGUCAUUCCGUUUUUAUGCAUGUGUUACGUUGCUGGGUACUGGAUUUUCACAAGAAUGCGAAAAAUGAAGACAUUUAUCACUCGAGUGAAAGCCUGGAGAAGGGGCUACAUGAACAUGGAAAAUGACUUUGAGGCAUCUCUGCCAGACAGAAUCGUUAAUCCUGAGAAUUACGAAGGGGAAAAACUUCAUGAUCCAAUUAGUUCUUUAACCGAAAACGGUUCCUACCAAGAUGAUACGAACAAUACAUACUAGAUUUUAUUUGUGUUAAUUGAGAAUAGCCAAGAAAGUUAUGUGGUCAAUUAUGGCACAUACUUGCUAAUUACAACCAUUUG